UUAGGUAAGUGGCGAAAAUCGGUCUUCGAUACGGAACGAGCAUAAUAAAUCUGCGGUCUGCAACGCUCACCGGGAACUCUAACCGUUUCAGCCGAAGUCAAGAUGUUUGCCCGUGCCGCCAACGUUACCCGUUCCGGAAUGACCAAUCUGGUCAGAUACUCCCAUUCCCACGGUGGAAUCCCUGGCGAGAACCUCCCGUUCAGCCUGACCAACCGGUUCAAGCUUACCGCGAUGUUCAUCGUUUUCUUCGGUUCCGGAUUGGGCGCUCCCUUCUUCAUCCUCAGACAUCAGCUGUUGAAGAAGUAAAGCCCUUUCUCUGAGUCGUCGUACACGCGGGGAACCGGAGGUGCUUCACGCCGGAACAUCGGUCACCCCCCCUCAUCAGUUAGUGCGUUCGGAAGCAAGCGAUAUUUGUUCAGCGGGAUGAAGUUACAAUAAAACAAAAAUCGCCACAAAAUUGGGGCGUUAAAAAUGUCCGCACGUCAUAACAUGCACUGUUGUGUUCGCAAUCCUGUUUCGUACGUCCUGUUGGCUUUGCGCGUUUCCCAGCACUGUCGCUGUUUGCUUCCUCGUGGUC